AGCGGUAGUGUACUGUGUAUGUCGAAAACCUUUCGGCACCAAAAUGGCUAGACCCCCAGUAUCGAUUUUACAAAGAGAAUGCUUGAAAAAGAUCUAUCCGUGCAUUAUACGUUAUCUGUAAAGUGUGAUGUUGAUUUUUGACUUUUGUAUUUGUCAAUACUCAAUUCUCGUACCUAAUUUGUGUUUACACUUUGCUGAAUAUAAUAUUUUAUUGUAUAAAAAUUUAUGACCAACAAAAUUGUUAUUUUGUAGGAGUAAUAUAAUUCAAUAACCUAAAAUUGUUAUUAAUUGAAGUAUGAGUAUAUUUUUGGUUUCUUAAUUUCAAAAUACGUUUCGUAUAUAUUAUUACGGUUGUUUACUAUUUUUGCAACUUAUUGACGUACCAGUAAGUUCAACUUAUCUUAAAAUAAAGCCGACCAUUUACUAAAUCAUCAGAUAAAAUUAUUAUUAUAAUAUCUAAGUACAGUUGAAUAGCAUUGUGAACACUGGAAUGCCAUUGUGUGAGCCUAGAAAAUUACUACAAGUGGACAUGCAGGGAGGCGGAAGGUUAGAGAGCAAUCAGCGCCCGCUCAGUCCGUCGACGCUACACGAGCGGCUGGUCGGGCACGCGCUCGCCGUCACCGACGAUCUGGAAGGGAGAUCGGGCGUUUGGGGCGAGCACUCUUACGCACGCGAGCGCGGUGCCGCGCCCCACUCUCGCGUACGCACGCUGCUGCUGCCCCGAGCUCCUCUCGCCGCGCAGGCUGCCCCUCUCGCCCUCGUCGACGCGCACUCGCCGCCGGCCGCCCGUCCCGCUCCCCCCCUCGAUCACCCCGACGACUCGGAUUCGAACGACGACGACGCGACCGACGCCGCCGAUUGGGAGCGGAUCGUGCUCGACGCGGCGACCACCGAGGCCCGGCGUCGCCUCGCCGGAGCAGUCGUCCGGCUGCUCGCCGAGUUGCGCCUCCGCCGUCUCGCGGUAGACCGGAGUAGAUGGCGGCGCGCCGAAUUCGUCAGAGGGGCUGCGACGCGCCUCCGCGGGGCGCUCGCCACGGCGACGGCCGGCGACAGCGCGUGGCUGCACGGCGCCUUGCUCGCGCACCUGCCGCGCUCGCAGAGGACACCGUACGAGCGCGUGACGGGUGAACUGCGACGCGUCGCGCCCCGCCUCGCCGCCCGCCUCGCACCCGACGCGCCGCCACCGCCGCCCGAGCCGUUGGACGCGGCGCCGCCGCCGCUCGACGCCGCGACGCCGGGGCCCUGGCUCGGUUGGGUGAGCGCGGGACUCGAGCGGCAGGACGAACGAUGGCGACGGCGGCUGGGCGCGCUGAUACACGUGCGGCCUCUAGGCGGCGAAAGCGCCGGAGGCGGGGCGCCCCCGGAGCGCUGGUGCGCGACGCGGGCACACGCCGUCCGCUCGGCUCUCGUCCGUUUUCUACAGGAAGCCGGGUCCCGCCCGGUGAUGUUGGCCGGAUUCGGCGCGGGCGCGGCUCUGGCGGCACGGUUGGCGAGCGCUCGCGGCGUGCGCGGGGCGGUGCUGCUGGCGCCGCCUCUGUUGACCGCCGAGGGACCCGACGAGCCGCCGGGCGAGGCGCCGGCGGCCGCCUUGCUCGUGGCGGGCGGGGCGGCGGCGGCCACCGGACGCGGCGCCGCGGCGCAGAUGGCGACCGGCGGGGGCUCUCGGCGUCUGCUGCUCGUCGCCGGCGCCGACGACGCCCUUCGUCUGCCGCGCCGUCACCGCCUACGUCUCGGCCUGCCGCAGCAGGCGCUGGACGCCGCCAUCGCGGAGGAGUGCGCUCGCUGGAUUGGCGAGGUGUGCGCCGAGGAGGAGGACGCACGGACCGAAGAAUGCGCCGGAGUCUCCGUCGUCGCCGACGUGUCGCCGGGGAUAGCCGGGGGGGCGGAGGGCCGCGUGGUGUCCCGCGUGUCCGGCGGGACCCCGUUGGCGCUGCGACCCCCGGGCGGGCGCCGCGCCGACUUCCACGCCGCCGAUAUCAUGCGCCUGCCCAUCGUGUUCGCCGAUGACUUACCCGACGCCGCCGAGCCGAAAGAGGAGCGCCUGCGAGUCGUGGCCGGGGCCACGCGGACUACGCGCGUCAUCGUGACGAAGCGCUCCGCUCUCGAGGCCGCUGCGCCGCUCCGCCGACCGCGCGCCGCUGAGCCGCAACGCCGCCGGCCUUGAUCCGACAUAACACGAUAUACGAUAAUACGACGCUAUCGAAAUGUUUUUAAUCACCGACCGGACUUAGUGUAACUGUAAAUAAAUAAAAAAUUUUUCGUUACGUUA